GCAAUGGAAAAUUCAGUACUAUCAAGAUUAAAAAUCUUACAGUAGCUAGAGAUAAGGUUUUGCAUCGUAAAACCACAAAAAAAUGGCAUUACAUAAUUUAGCUCUUUGUUUAGUUAUAGUUUCAUGUUUUCUAGUUGUGAUUUGUGAGGGUCAGAGCAGUGUACCAGUUGCGCCUGGACUUUCAUACACAUUUUAUUCGACUAGUUGCCCAAAUUUGGAAUCAAUUGUUAGGAUUCAUCUCCUUCAGGUUCUUGAGAAUGAUACUACUCAAGCCGCUGGUUUGCUUCGACUUCAUUUCCAUGAUUGCUUUGUUCAGGGAUGUGAUGCGUCAGUAUUGCUAGAUGGAUCAACAAGUGGUCCGAGUGAGCAAAAUGCACCCCCGAACUUAACAUUAAGGCAGGCGGCAUUCAAGAUCAUCAAUGAUAUCCAAACUCUGAUUCAAGGCCAGUGUGGCCAAGUUGUGUCAUGUGCUGAUGUUACUGCCCUUGCUGCUCGCGAGUCUGUUUUGCUGUCAGGUGGACCAUACUACAACAUCCCCUUAGGAAGAAGGGAUAGUCCAAACUUUGCAACAACAAACGUUACAUUAGCCAAUCUACCACCACCGACCUUCAACACUAGUCAACUUAUAAACUUAUUUAGCUCGAAAAACUUGACUACAACCGACCUCGUUGCCCUCUCAGGAGGCCACACCAUUGGGAUUGGUCAUUGCACGUCGUUCACCAAUAGACUCUACCCUACCCAAGACUCAAACAUGGAUAAAACCUUGGCUAACAACCUUAAACUCACAUGUCCUGCCUCAAACACUACCAAUACUACUAAUUUGGACCUUCGUACUCCUAACAUUUUCGACAACAAGUACUUCGUUGAUCUCAUGAACCGUCAAGGCUUAUUUACCUCAGAUCAAGAUUUGUAUACCGAUUCAAGGACCAAGAGUAUUGUCCAAACCUUUGCUGUUAACCAAACAUUGUUUUUUCAGAAUUUCAUAGAUGGUAUGAUCAAAAUGGGCCAACUUGGUGUCUUAACCGGCUCACAAGGCCAGAUUCGUGCUAAUUGUUCCGCAACAAAUGCUAAUACUAUGGCCUUUUGGUCUGUAUUCAGGGAACAACAACAACAAGGAACAUCGGCCCAGUACUAAAUUAUAAAUUAUCAUAAACAAUGUAAUCUUAAAUUGCAAUUGGAGUUUAAAUUAAAGUUGAGUUUGUGUGUUUGUUUUUUCGCUUUCUACAUGUGUAUUGUAUCACUAUGCAGAAAAACCUAGGUUCAAUAAGAUCAAUUGCUGUUUGAAAUAUGUCCACUUGUAUUACAUUUGACUGUCAUUGCUCAAGUAUAUUACGAUAUGACUAUAUUAGUAAAGUUAA